UUACUGGCUGUUGGGUCCUUUUUAUUCAUUAGAAAAAUACUGGUUUCAAGUUGUGGUUACUGUGAACUAGUUGCACCCCUCCCCCCCCGACCUGUCACUGACAACAAAUUGAAAUACUUCACAUUCUGUUGAUAGUAUUUUAUGGUAAAGAUACUGGUUUGUGUGACCGGGAGAUUCAGAGGCUGCAGAUGUCCAUGUGUAGAUCAGAUUGGGUAAAAGCAGAUUAGUGGUCUGUGUGGCAGUGUGUCAGUUCAGAUUGGAAGAAACAGAAGCAAAAAGUGCAUUUUGUGCUUUGUGAUGAUUACUUUGGGUGAAGUUUUAUGUUGAUGCAUAGCUGAAUUUACGUAACUCCAAACUUUGAAUGUCAUGCGGCAAGGAGCUGGUAUGACUGGCAAGUAAUGGAUGUAUAAACUGAUUUUUCUUGAGCCACAUAUGGUAGAAAAUGGGGAUGAUUUAGGUUGGUAGAGGACUGGCCUUUGGUGGUCGUCUGCUUCAGCCUCUGGCUCAAAGCAGGGCUGACGUCAGUGUUUGACUGAAGAACGUCUGUGAUAGAAAGUGAGUGACGCUGAUCAUGGAAGUAGCAUAUGGCAAGGUUUGUAAAUAAAAGCAUUUAAUAACAGUUUAAGAAAUCAGAGGCCCAGUUAAACCACCAUUAAAACCAGUAGGAGCUUUUACAUUGGGCUUAGUUAAUGCUGAAUCAUCUGUAUAUGUAAUUUUCUGUAUUUAUGGUAUACAAGGCUUUAAGAGUACUAAGGCAGGAUCAGGAUAACAUCACAAGUCAGUUCACAAAGAUACAGUUCUUAGAGCAAAGCAAGUGAAUAGCUUUAGUAAUAUUAUCAUAAAGUGACAAGCUAUUUAAAAAUGUUGUAAUUCAUAUGUAGUAAGAAGUUACCUUCUGGCUUCCUGGCUGAUCCACAUAUGCAAUCUGAUACAUAUAUUCUUUCUAUUACGACUUUUUGUUAGACUUUCUCACUGUUGAAUAUUUGUUUCCUGAAGUGUAGAACAUCUCAGAACUGCGUGAGUAGGAAACCUUAAGAGAUGGGAGGAGAGAAUUUCUACAAAGCCCAAAGAUGAUGCUUACGUAAAUGACAUUUAAAAACAAAACAACCCCACAACAACCCUGAUCUGUUAAUUCAGUGAAUGUAGUCUGAAGCUUUGUUCUGCCACUUUGAAUAUACUGUACAAUGUGUGUGGUUAGUGAGAGAGGUGCUGCUGUGUGGUUUUGAUUGCAUUCACAGAGUCGGGCUACUGGCCUUGUUGAGGAGCAAGGAGCCAGAUUCAGCGUCCUGAUCUGUAGCAUCUUGUGGAGUGGCACAGAGUAAAUAUUUACCUACCAGCAGAUUUUCAGUGUACGAGGUAGAGAGAGAGAUGUGGAAGUGAUUUUUCAGCUGGAAAACAAGAGUUCUGGCAGGAUUUUUAGGACAGGAUUUGGAAUGAGAAGUGGUUUGUGUUCCAGCCAGUGGCAGGGCCAAGGGUGUGGUCUCCUGACUCUGCUUGGAGCUUAAUCGCUGGUGUCUGCCUUUGGCUGCAAGUCUUGCAGUAAAGGUGGAGGUCACACUGCUUUCUGGCUGAGAAACUGGGAAAAGCUUUCACGUUUGUUCCUGUUCAGGCAAAAGAAGUGGAUAGCUCUCUAACCACCACGCUUACAAUAGUAGGUUCACACUUUUUAAAAAAGAGGAAUAGAACAGGAAAAAAUGGCAGCAGAAACUCAGACACUUAACUUUGGGCCUGAAUGGCUGCGAGCUUUGUCUAGUGGCGGGAGCGUGACAUCCCCUCCUCUGUCUCCGGCUUUGCCAAAGUACAAACUAGCAGACUAUCGCUAUGGGAGAGAAGAAAUGUUGGCACUUUUUCUAAAGGAUAAUAAGAUACCUUCAGACCUUCUGGAUAAGGAGUUUCUGCCUAUUUUACAAGAGGAGCCCCUGCCACCACUGGCACUUGUACCUUUUACAGAAGAAGAACAGAGAAAUUUCUCGAUGUCUGUAAACAGUGCUGCUGUCCUGCGGUUGACAGGACGUGGAGGAGGAACGGUGGUAGGGGCUCCUCGAGGUCGAAGUUCCUCUAGAGGUCGAGGCAGAGGCCGAGGAGAAAGCGGUUUCUACCAAAGAAGUUUUGAUGAAGUGGAGGGUGGAUUUGGGCGAGGAGGGGGCAGGGAAAUGCACAGAUCACAGAGUUGGGAGGAAAGGGGAGACAGACGCUUUGAGAAACCAGGGCGAAAAGAUCCAGUGAGACCAAACUUUGAGGAAGGUGGGACAGCACCGACGGGAAGGAAACACGAGUUUAUACGCUCUGAGAGCGAGAACUGGCGCAUCUUCAGGGAGGAACAAAAUGGGGAAGAUGACGACGGAGGCUGGCGACUGGCUGGGUCACGGAGGGACGGUGAGCGGUGGCGGCCUCACAGUCCAGGCUGGCGAGAACACAUGGAGCGACGGCGGAGGUUUGAAUUUGAUUUCCGGGAACGAGAUGAUGAACGGGGUUAUCGACGAGUACGGUGUGGGAGUGGCAGCAUGGAAGACGACAGGGACAGUCUCCCUGAGUGGUGCUUAGAAGAUGCAGAAGAAGAAAUGGGAACGUUUGACUCCUCUGGAGCGUUCCUCUCUUUAAAGAAGGUGCAGAAGGAGCCAAUCCCUGAGGAACAGGAGAUGGACUUCAGACCUGUGGAGGAAGGGGAAGAAAGAUCUGACUCUGAAGGGAGCCACAAUGAAGAAGCCAAAGAUCAUGAAAAGACCACCAAGAAAGAGGGGGAGAAAACAGAUAGAGUAGCGGCAGAACCAUGCAAUGUUACAGAAGCAGUGGAAGAAGCAGUCCAAACAUCUUCACCGGCAACCAGGUCAGAUACCCCACCAAAAUCCCAGCCUCCAGACCCAUUGCAGACGAGCCUUUUUGAACGGAAGGAAGAGUCUGUGCCAGAAAGAACAGAGAAAACAGAAGAUAAAGAGAAUCAAACGGAAAAUACACCACCAGCCAAAAUGUCCAACAGAGAAGAUUUGGCUUCUGUUGCUCAACCUGUGCCACAGAUUUCUGCAGACACAGCUUCUCCUGCUCAUCUUUCUCCUCCUGUUUCCAAUUCAAAUCCUGCUCUGCGGCCAGUUCAGACACCUGUCACAGCUGCUCCAGGCAUGGGCAACAUUCCCACCGACCCAGAUGAUGAAGAGGGCCUCAAACACCUAGAGCAGCAAGCAGAGAAAAUGGUGGCAUAUCUGCAGGACAGUGCCCUUGAUGAUGAAAGACUAGCAGCAAAAAUUCAAGAGCACAGAGCAAAAGGCUCUUCUAUGCCGUUGUUCCAUGAAGCCAUGCAGAAGUGGUACUACAAAGAUCCACAAGGAGAAAUUCAGGGUCCUUUCAGUAAUCAGGAGAUGGCAGAGUGGUUCCAGGCUGGAUACUUCACCAUGUCGCUAUUGGUGAAGAGAGCCUGUGAUGAUACGUUCCAGCCGCUGGGAGACAUCAUGAAAAUGUGGGGCAGGGUUCCCUUCACUCCAGGUCCAGCACCGCUUCCACAUCUGGGUGAACUGGACCAAGAGCGACUGACUAGGCAACAAGAGUUGGCCUUGAUCCAAAUGCAGCACCUCCAGUAUCAACAUCUUUUAAUACAACAACAGUAUGCACAGGUGCUGGCUCAGCAGCAAAAGGCCGCCCUCUCAUCCCAGCAGCAACAGCAGCUCGCUAUUCUCCUGCAACAGUUCCAGGCCCUGAAGAUGAGAAUAUCUGAACAGAACAUGAUGCCACCUGUUACAAGGUCUGUGUCAGUGCCGGACACUGGCUCAAUAUGGGAACUUCAGUCAGCUUCACAACCUACAGUCUGGGAAGGAAGCAGUGUCUGGGAUCUCCCCAUUGAUACUGCAGCUCAGGGACCAGCUCUAGAACAACUUCAGCAGCUCGAGAAGGCCAAAGCUGCAAAGCUAGAGCAAGAGAGGAGAGAAGUGGAAAUGAGGGCCAAACGAGAGGAAGAGGAGAGGAAAAGGCAGGAGGAGCUGCGGAGGCAACAAGAAGAGCUACUUAGGAGGCAGCAGGAAGAUGAGAGGAAACGACGGGAAGAAGAAGAACUGGCCCGCAGGAAGCAAGAGAUGACAGUGAGAGCUGAGAGGGGUGAAGCAGUAGACUUAAUCUGCCUGGACUUCAGGAAGGCUUUUGAUGUAAUACUGCAUAAAAGACUAGUAUAUAAGGAGGAAGCCCUGAGGCGACAAAGAGAGCAGGAAAUUGCACUAAGGCGGCAGCGGGAGGAAGAGGAGCGGCAACAGCAGGAGGAAGCACUUAGAAGAUUGGAAGAGAGAAGAAGAGAAGAGGAGGAAAGACGGCAGCGAGAGGAGUUAAUUCGUAAACAGGAAGAGGAGGCUGCCAAGUGGGCACGUGAAGAGGAGGAAGCUCAACGGCGACUUGAAGAAAGUCGACUACGUAUGGAAGAAGAGGCAGCCAGACAACGGCUUGAAGAAGAAGAGCGAAAGCGCAAGGAGCUGGAACUCCAGCGCCAGAAAGAAAUAAUGAGACAGAGGCAGCAGCAGCAGGAGGCUUUACGACGGCUGCAACAACAGCAGCAACAGCAGCAACUUGCACAAAUGAAGCUCCCAUCAUCUUCAACAUGGGGUCAGCAAUCAAAUUCAGGAGCUUGCCAAUCCCAGACCACACUGUCAUUGGCAGAAAUACAAAAGUUAGAAGAAGAACGAGAACGGCAGCUUCGAGAAGAGCAAAGGCGUCAGCAGCGUGAACUCAUGAAAGCCCUCCAGCAACAGCAGCAGCAACAGCAGCAGAAAUUGUCAGGCUGGGGUAACGUCACCAAACCAAGUGGCACCACCAAGUCUCUGCUGGAGAUACAGCAGGAAGAGGCGAGGCAGAUGCAGAAACAGCAGCAACAGCAGCACCAGCAGCCGAACAGAGUCAGAAAUACUACGCACUCUAACCUGCACACCAGCAUUGGGAAUUCAGUGUGGGGCUCCCUAAACACUAAUCCCAGCAACCAGUGGGCAUCUGACCUAGUCAGUAGCAUCUGGAGUAAUGCUGAUACCAAAAACUCAAACGUGGGUUUCUGGGAUGAUGCAGUGAAGGAAGUGGGACCUCGUAACUCGACCAAUAAAAACAAAAGCAAUGCCAGCCUCAGUAAAUCUGUAGGUAUUACAAGUAGACAAAACAAGAAGGUGGAAGAAGAGGAGAAGCUGUUGAAAUUGUUCCAGGGGGUUAAUAAAGCCCAGGAUGGAUUCACUCAGUGGUGCGAACAGAUGCUUCAUGCACUUAACACAGCCAACAACUUAGAUGUUCCCACGUUUGUGUCUUUCCUGAAGGAAGUGGAGUCUCCCUAUGAGGUCCAUGAUUACAUCAGAGCCUAUCUUGGAGACACUCCUGAGGCCAAGGAGUUUGCCAAGCAGUUUCUUGAGCGCCGUGCCAAACAGAAAGCCAGUCAGCAGCGGCAACAGCAGCAGCAACAGGAUUCAGUGUGGGGGAUGAACCACAGUUCGCUACAUUCGGUCUUUCAGACCAAUCAGAGCAACAACCAGCAAUCCAAUUUUGAGGCUGUGCAGGGUGGGAAGAAAAAGAAGAAACAGAAAAUGGUUCGUGCUGAUCCCAGCUUGUUAGGGUUUUCAGUGAAUGCCUCAUCAGAGCGGCUCAAUAUGGGAGAAAUAGAGACUUUGGAAGACUACUGAGCAUGUGCAAAUCAACUGGCUUUUCCUGCGUCUGUUAACCAUGGAUUCUCCGUUUUGGACACAGUACUCUCCACCAUGCGUUCUUCUUCGCCUUGCAGUGAAUCACAGAAUCAAUCAUCUCAGGCUGCUUCCUCUAGCCCCAGCAAGCCCUUUCUGCCUAGGACUGCACAGGCGUCAUUCCUGCGGUCAGCCUCGAGUUGAGUGGACUUUGUUCAGAGUCCUGGGAGGGUGGGAGAUAGGAUUCGUUCACAACAAGGCUGAUUUGGGCAGCGAGCUUUCACUGUGCUGUGAUUUCUUCUGCUGACAUACCUGGAAAAAAAAAAAAUCAAUUGGGAUUCUGCAAACCAUUGCUUCCCUCUUCUGGUUACUCUUACCACAUCCAACACGUGCAGUCAAGGAGAGAGAGAGUUUGUGGUUAACAGAUGUUGGUCAAAACCAAAAUGCCACACAGAUACUGACUUCCGCGCUCCAUCAGGGCAAGAGGUGCUCUCCCAAGCCAGGAGUUGCAUUCAUAAGCUAACCUUAGAACUGGCGACAGCAGGAGAGGGGCGGUGGCGGGCACAGUUUAGCUUGGGUUGGUUUGAAGUUGCACACCCCCUGCCAGCCCUUCUCAGCACAUUAUUUUUGGAGGGAAAAGCUCGAGUCUGUCUUCAUUAGGUGGUGAUGUUGAAGCUGGUGGAGUUUCCCGUUGGCGUACUCCAGCCUUCCUGGACAAGUGGGGACUCCUACUCUGGGGAGAAAAAGCGGGGUGGCAUCUCUUCUUUCAGGUUGAAUUUAUCCCUUAAAUGCUACCUUUGGAGGGUUAGGACCAGUUUAUUUUGAGCUCUUUUUCUGCAAAUUUGUCUCGUUUAAGAGACAGUAGGGUCUUUGCCAUGUGGAUCUUUAGUCUUUGGUGAGGGUGAACACUGGCUUUCAGAUACACACCCCGGCAGUCUUAGCUAGUUGUCAUUUCAAGCAGAGCUUAGGUUAAGGAGCAGAGAUGAUGCCUUGUUGUCAUGAAGAGAGACUGUGGAGGGCGAAGCUGUGUGCAAUGACAGCCCUGCUUAUCUUCUACACCUUAAACUACGUCACGCACCUUCACUGGGAUCCAUAAUGUUUAAGUAUUUAUGGAAUCAUAACCUUCCUCUCUCACUGAAAGAUUAACACCACCUUCCCUUCUACACCCACCCAUGUGCACACACCACAAAAGAACGAAAACGAAAACUGCCAAAUGCACUUAGUCUCGAGCCCCUGGUCCCGUCUCCCGUUCCCAGAGGGUUACAACCUGCCGAGGGAGAUUCGCUACAGUUUUGGUGGAGUUGUAUAAAAGUGUCUGUCUUGCUGUCAUCACUGCCUAAAGAAAACAGUUCGAGUUGCUCAAGAGCAGUUUGGCUUUGGAUUUUAUUUCAUUUGGUUUAUUCAUUUUUUGGGGUCACCUUCCCCUCCUCCUCCUCUCUCUUCCCCCUGCCCCAAACAUGUACAGUAACUAUACAGAGACUGCUGCAGACUUGUAUAUAGUUUUUGGAUCCAAUAGCAUGGAGAGACUUGGAACUGUUGCAAAUCUGGUCUCCCUGUCUCCUUUGCUUUGUAAAUUCAUAAAAGGGGGAAGAGGGGUAGUUAAAAUGUUUACAAAACUUUAAACUCCCUCUGAACUUUUGCCAGUGUGGGGGGGAAAGAGAGAACUUAAAUAAAACCUGGUUGUAUUAUA